AUGAAGGCAUUCGCAGAUGCAUGGAAGAACGCUUGUCAAACUCCGGGAGGCGUUGUUACGGUGCCUGCCGGAGAAACUUUCUUAGUGAGUAGUGGAGAAUUCGAAGGGCCGUGCAACGGCCAAACCCUGUUUCAAAUGGAUGGAAUUUUAGUUGCUUCCGAGGACUUAAAACUCGACGAUACUAAAUUUUGGAUUACUUUCCAUAAAAUUGACGAUCUAAUACUUUCCGGAAUAGGCGUCUUUGACGGCAAAGGAGCCUUGUCUUGGUCCCAGUGCGACAAAUCAUCCAACUGUCACCAUCGUCCUGCUUCACUAAGGAUUCAUGAUGUGACAAAAGCCUAUAUCCAAGGCAUAACCUCCCUGAACAGCAAGAUGUUCCAUUUCCACAUCCACAACUCCCAAAAUGUGAAUGUGGAAAACAUCCAUAUCACGGCCCCACACGACAGCCCGAACACCGACGGAAUCCACAUCAGCAACUCGAGGGACGUGAAGAUCGCCGACUCGAUCAUAGGCACGGGCGACGACUGCGUAUCGUUGGGAGACGGGUGCGCAAAUGUCAACAUCUCGGGGGUCGUUUGUGGGCCCGGCCACGGCAUCAGCAUCGGAAGCCUAGGUAAGUAUAGUGAUGAGGAAGAUAUCAAUGGAGUUACAGUGAUGAAUUGUAGCUUGAGCAAUACAAGCAAUGGAUUAAGGAUCAAAACAUGGGCGCCAUCGAAAUCAUCAAUUGUUGUGUCCGAUAUCACAUAUGCUGACAUCACAUUGGACAAUGUUACAAACCCAAUCAUCAUAGAUCAACAUUAUUGCCCCCAUGGUGAAUGUCAAAAAGAGGGAGAGUCGAGCGUUCGAAUAAAGGGUGUUAAGUACAUCAACAUACGAGGGAGUACGACGACAGAGGAGGGAAUAGAGGUCAAAUGCAGCAAAUCGAACCCGUGUGAAGAUGUGGAGUUCUCUGGUGUUGAGCUAAAUGUGAAUGGGAAUCCGGCGAUUGCGAGUUGCUCUAACGUUGGCUAUGAUCCAUCGAUAAUUGGUUGA